CCCAAAAUCCCUUCGCUAGCAGAUCAUGCCCUCAUAAGUCAGAAGAAUCGGCUUUAGGUUCCAACUCCGAAUGAAAAGAGAGGAAGACGAACGAAAAAUCAUGGGUGCAGAAGAGGAGCAACUAAACGAGAAAUCACCCUCUACCGCCAAUCCCAUCACCCCGGCCCAAUUUCUCUCCUGGAAGCGCCAGAAGGAUGCUGAUACAUCAGCUCGAAAAGCUGAGGCAGCUAGGAAACGUGCAGAGGAUAUAGCUGCAGGAACAGUUCAAAUGAAUGGCAGGGAGCUUUUCUUGCAUGAACCUUGGGUUUUUGAUAACCAUUAAGGUGGUGUAUUUGAAAGCAUGAUGACAAAAAGGAAGAACAAUAUUAAAUCAAGCAGAAACAUUCAUAGUUGUUUGUCAGCAAUCAGUUGAGAAAAGAAAUGCUUGUAUUGCUAUGAUUUGAACAAUUGUGUGCUGAUUUCCGUGGCAGUUGUGUUGUUAUUAGAUCAUAAACGAGUGUCUUCUCUUCCCUUGGUUUGUAUAUUUGUCAAUGAAAUUCUUUCAAGUUUUUGAUGGUA